UAAGAGCUAAGAAGUCCGUCGUUAAUUUCCUCCCAACUAAAGUAUUACCAAGCAUAUCUCCUUCUGACAUUCAACCCCACACGCGUUGCCCCAUAAAUCUAAACCAUCUCAAACUCUAACGCAGCUCAAAGACAAAUCCUUUAAGAAACUCUUCUCCUCUCUCUCUCUCGCGUUACCUUCUCAAUUACCUAAAACAAGAAACCCAUAUAUACGCCAUCGUUUCAUGCUUAUCAUCCAUUGUCUCUCUUAUGGCUUCCACUUCUAAUGGCAAUAUCACCACCACCAUGCACCACGGCGCUCCCCUCUCCUACGGAUCUGACCCGUCCUCGCCUAACACCACCUUCGUGCAAGCCGACCCAUCAACCUUCCGCACCAUUGUUCAAAAACUCACUGGAGCAACCGACGACCCAUCAACCCAAAAGCUCCCACUUACCCACUCAAAUCGUUCCUCUGCAAUUCCAGGCCCUAAAAAACCUGCAUUCAAGCUUCAUGAAAGGAGGCAGAGCGCCAAGAACCUACAAAUCAACCUUACCAGCAAUUCUACCAUCAACAACAGCUUCGAGCAUCCUGACCUAUUUCAGUUCAGACAGCGAGCUGGUUUCUUGGUGUCCCCGGUGUCAACUUUGGACUUCUUUGGUGCGCGCGCGAGUCCUAAGUCACCGUGCGAAGAGUUUUGUUCCGACGGGGGUCCCAGCAAGGAGGAAGAGAAAGCCAUUGCUGACAAAGGGUUUUAUCUGCAUCCCAGUCCUUUGAGUACUCCGAGAGGAGCUGAGCCUCCUGAGCUGUUGCCACUGUUCCCUUUGCGGUCACUUAGAGACGACGAUGAGGAUCAAGAUGAUGAAGAUCGAAAUUCUUGUUCUUGAAUUAGAAUCUACUAGUUAGGAGGCUAAUUAUUGAAUGUGCCGAUUGUUUUAACGUUGCUUUGAUGGAAAUGUUAAUCAUCUUAGUUAACCGUUAACUAAUGGGUUUGUUUAAUGGGAAAACAGAAAUGUUUUGUUCUC